AUGUCAACCUCAUUCCACGAAACCGCCGCCAACGCCGUCCAAGCCCGGACUCGCAUCCGCCACCACAUCUACGAAACGCCACUCAUCCCAGCCCGCAAAACCGGCCAAGCGAGCAACACCAAGGUGCUCUUCAAAGCCGAGAAUUUCCAACUCACCGGCUCGUUCAAACUCCGCGGUGCCUUGUCAAAGGUAUCCGCCCAGGCCACAUCGGGAGGACGACUGAUCACCGCAUCGUCGGGAAACCAUGGCAUCGGCGCAGCAUUCGCGUCACAGGCGCUCUCGAAAGACCUCACCGUCGUCCUGCCGGAGACCGUGAUGCCCGCGAAACUAGAAAAAAUCCGCUCAUUCGGCGUAGAGGUGAUCCUCCACGGCGCAGAGACCGGUCUCGCCGAACAACACGCCCAGCAACUCGCAGCAUCCGGCGCAUACACGUACAUCUCACCGUACAACGACGCGGAUAUCGUCGCCGGGCAAGGAACCAUCGGCCUCGAGAUCCUGGAGCAAUGCGAGCACAUCGACAACGUGUUCAUCUCGAUGGGCGGCGGCGGACUCAUCAGCGGCAUUGGCUCCGUCAUCAAAGCAUUCAGCCCCCGCACCAAGAUCUACGGCGUCGCGGCCCUCAAUUCCAAAGCGUUAGCUGCGUCUCUGGCGGUCGGUCGGGUCGUGAAGACGGAUCAUCUGCCCACUCUGGCUGAGGCGGUGGCGGGUGGCAUCGACGAGGACACUAUUACUCUUCCUUUGGCGGGGUCGGUGGUCGAUCACGUCGUGGAGUGCGAUGAGGCGGAGAUUGUGGAGGCGUUGAAGACGCUGGCGUUCGAUGAGAAUAUGAUUGUCGAGGGCUCGGCGGCUCUGGCUCUGGCUGGUUUUCAGAAGAUUGCUCGCGAACUGACGGGUCAGACGAACGUCAUUCUCUUGUGCGGUGCUAACGUGGACCAGGACGUCGUAAGGAGGACGAUUUAUGGGGUCUAA